GAUGAGGAGGAUGAAGACAUCGAUAACCUGGUGGAGAUUCAUCGCCUGACCACAGCUAGAAGCAGCCUGCGCAGCGGAACGUCCACGAGCACUCUGGGAAGUAUGAUGAGCCUCUAUAGUGAGGCCGGAGACUUCGGAAAUGUCAUCGUAACCGGAGAAAUCCUGUUCUCUAUGAGAUACGACGGCAAAACCCAGAUCCUAAGCGUGGUUGUGAAGGAGUGCCGGAACCUGGCCCACGGGGAUGAGGUGAAGAGGAGGUCCAACCCAUAUGUGAAGUCUUAUCUUCUGCCAGACAAGUCACGACAUGGAAAGCGCAAAACUACGAUUAAACGUAACAGUAUAAACCCGCUAUACGGGGAGACCUUACAGUACAUUGUCCCGGAGUCCAUUUUGCUCACCAGGACCCUCCAGCUCUCUGUUUGGCACCACGACCGCUUCGGACGGAACACGUUUCUCGGGGAGGUGAACGUUCCGCUGAAUUCCUGGAACUUUGACAGUAUGAUGGACGAGUGUCUUCCUCUUCACGGGAAGGGCGCAGCCGACACCGGCCCCGUAUACAGAGGAGAACUGGUCGUGUCCCUGAAGUACAUCCCCCCCUCCAGGUCCACGGGCGGAAGCGAGAGGAGGAGAGGUAAAGUGGAGGAAGGAGGAGAACUGCAGGUUUGGAUUAAAGAGGCUAAAAACCUGACGGCCGUGAAGCCAGGUGGGACCUCCGACAGCUUCGUGAAGGGGGUUAUACAAUGGACAACCUGUGGACUGGAUGGACUCUACGGGGGAGGAGCUCGGUCUGUGGACGAAGAUGACACAAUAUCCAGGUUCCUGGGCUGAGGGGUCCUUACAGCUCCGGCCCACCAUGGGCAAGUAACGCCCGAUCCAGGACCAGAAGGACUUGGCCUCCAGCGUCUCCUUAUAGGACUCUAUAUAUCAAUAACACUUGUAUCUUCUAAUAAUAUUGUAUAUUUUGGUGAUUAUGUCUUAUAUUGUGGAUUGUUGUUAUACGGAGUAAACGUGGUGGGGAGGGGAUUCUGGUUCUGAUGAUUUAUACAAUUAUUAAACUUGUAUCACGUUAA